AUGCUUUCUACGCGUGCUCUGCGGAGGGUCUACUCUCUUCGCAGCGUUCGCGUCCUUUCGCAUCCUUCUUCUUCUUAUUCUUCUUCUCCGUCCUAUGUCCCUCUCCACGGCAGCGGCCACCUCCGGCAUUCUCCGACGCUGCCUCUUCUCCGCUUCCCUGGCUCAGUUUGUCGGUGCUUUACGUCUACUGUGGACCGCGUCCGUGAGAGCAGCAUUGAACUAGGCGGUAGUGUCGCCCCCUUGAUCGUCGAAGAGGAAGGGGAGGUGGUGAGCUAUCGUCAGACCAGCGCUUAUUCUGCCAUCGAGCUCGCCCUCAACUCCGUUGUGAAGAUUUUCACCGUCUCGAGUAGCCCGAACUAUUUCCUUCCCUGGCAGAACAAGUCUCAGAGGGAGACCUUUGGAUCCGGUGAAUACCAUCAUUGUUUCUACUUCGGAUUUUUCGUCCUUCUUUCGCUUUGCAUUGAGGAGAUUUUGUGUGUCACUGUCUCGCUUCAAAUAUAAUAUCUUUUAUUGGUCAUCUCACAUUAUACGUGCUCGUAGACUUUGAUAAGGAUAAAAAUAGAAAACUGUUUGAGUUCUUCGGAAUGAAACCCAAGAACUUAGCUGUUUGAAAUUUCAUCACUAUGUUUCUUUUAUAUUCUUCUUGGUGAUCGAGGAAAUGAAGCUACUUAAAGUAAAAAAAUCCUUUAGUGUUGAAGUCAACGGGAAUUAUCAUCAAAGUCAGUGGGUGGCGUAUCAGGGGGAAUUAGAGUAAGUGAUACCAGAUCCAACAGUACUCAGAUAUAUGUCUCCCACCCAACAAUAAAUAUAAGAGGUUUGUCAUUAAAGUGGAGAGUAAUGUUCCGUUGAAGGAUGCAGAAUCGAUCUUUACUACUGAUGAAGAACAUGCUGUGAAAGCUUUUUGUAUGAUGCAAGACAAGUCAAAUGUUUCUCUGUAUCAAUUUCAUGGGCCACAUGAAGUUUGUAUUGCACAGCCUAACAUUGUUAAACGUCCAUUGUGUUAAUCAACGUUGUGGAAGCAUUCAUCUUGAAAGUAGUCAGUCUGCCUAUUCAUUUUUUUAUGAGAGAUUUUCGGUGGUGUUGCAUUUAAAUAGUUACUGCACUCGCAUGGUUGUCUUACCCUCAAGAGGUUCUUUAUUUACGAUUGUUGAAUAUUGAUUUUGUCCCAAGUUCAAGAAAUAGCUCACAGUUUCUUUUAAUGCGCUGAGAAGAGAUACAUUCAAUUGUGAACCUGGGCUGAUGCUGGCCAUCGUGAUUUCAAAAUUCACGACAUUCGAAUGCUUGGACUUGUACCCAACAUUGCGAAAAAUGAGAUCCAAAGUUGCUAUUUACGUAUAUAUUUUACUCAUUCAAAAUUUGACAAUGGAACCCAUUAAAUAACUAAAAGAUUGUACGUGCCAUUCUGUUUCAGAAGCCAGUGUUCCUUACAGUGUUAUGAUUAAACAGGUUUUGUCAUUCCUGGACGAAGGAUAUUGACCAAUGCUCACGUGGUUGCUGAUCAUACCUUUGUUCUUCUGAGAAAACAUGGCUCCCCUGACAAAUAUAGGGCAGAAAUUCAAGCUGUUGGGCACGAAUGUGAUUUGGCUAUUCUUACGGUUGAAAGUGAAGAAUUUUGGGAGGGCAUGCACUUUCUGGAGCUUGGUGACAUUCCAUUUUUGCAGGAAGCAGUCGCUGUCGUCGGCUACCCUCAAGGUAUUCUCAGAGUUUCAAUCAUAUGCUCAACUAGUUCAUCAGAUGUAAUUUAGAUGAUGACUCUGUACCGCUUUAUACCAAUCCAUCAUUUUCCUUUUCAGUUCAUCUGCUUUCUUUCAGUCCAUCUUUUUUUGCUACAAAUGAGAACCGUUCUUAAACUGCCGCUAAUGGAUGUUGCUUCCUGUUCUAGGAAUGGAUAGUUUUUAUUAUGACAGGCAAAACGACUGCAGUAUCUCAUGUCUUGUUCAUUUUCUCGAAGCUUUGUUGCUUAAACAACAACUGUGUGUAGGCUUACACAUAGCAGUUUCCUGCUUUGGGGUGUUUCUCUCGAUGGGAACUUUUGUAUUGCUGAAUUUCUGGAUUAUAAGGGGCAUUGCUAUUCCCAUAUCAUACUUUACGACUGCCUCGACAGUCAUUGCCUCUCUAGUCAUUAUGGAAACACAUCAUCAAGCAACGAAUUAGAAAAAUUCUGUCUAUUAUCUGCACAGAUUGAUGGAAGUCACGCAUUUUAUCAAACUUCUUCAUCGAUGAAAUGGCUGCCAUUUUCUGAACCAGAAACUGAAUAAAACAGAUCAUUCAGAUUAGAUUAUUAUUUCAUGAGAUGUUGCAAGGUUGGCUUUGGUUUAUGACAUCGACCAAACUUUAAUCCUGUUCUUGGUUGAAUGUUAGUCCAACAAGAGAGUAUAUUUUCUUGUUAGAAUAACUUUAAUCGGUCAUUUUCUGUUCAAUAUGUCAAAUUAGGUUGAAGGAAGAGACCAUUCUUGAACCAAGUUAGCCUACGAACAGCCUCUUGUUUUUCUUAACCCUUCCCCCCUCUCCUCCACAGGUGUACAGAGGAAGGGGGAAGGGCGGGGAGCGGACUGUCAACUGGGCCUCGGUCUCUGAGCAAUUCCUAUUAUCUGUUUUUCUUUCCUACUCUAUUGAAGAUCACAAUGGUGAAUGGUCUAUGGAUUAUGUUUGGAGGGUUGAGUCAGGAGAAAAAAAUCACGUGAAUUAUCUACUAAAAUAUCGGCAAAUAUACCUUUACUACUUCAAAUAUAUUUUUGAACAGCAUCUGGAUCGGGUGAAGACGAAGGGGAUGCUCCAGUUUUUGCAUCCCUAUUAUUUCAUAGCAUUUGUGACAUGGUCAGGACUUUUUCUGUGCUUUCAAGUGAUACGUAUUUGGUUGACAGAUAUGUGACAGCCUUUCUCUGAAUGUAGGUGGAGACAAUAUCUCUGUUACAAAGGGAGUUGUCUCCAGAGUCGAACCAACACAAUAUGUUCAUGGCGCUACCCAGCUUAUGGCUAUUCAAAUUGAUGCAGCUAUUAACCCUGGAAAUAGUGGAGGACCUGCAAUCAUGGGAGAUAAGGUUGCUGGUGUCGCAUUUCAGAAUCUUUCAGGCGCGGAAAAUAUAGGGUGAGUUCUAAGACAUCUUUUGUUUGCUUCACGCAUACCCCACUUUUUGGCCUGCACCUGUUCAUUUAAAUCUCUUUUCAUGUUCCAUAGUACCAGUUUUUUUUUCUGAUGAAUUUAUAAGAUAUGAGAUGAAAUUCUGUCUCAGAUCUUCUUUGGGAACCAAAAUUUUCUGUUUGGAUUCGCUUUUUGACCAUAGAUUUUAUUGUGGAAAGAUUUUAUCAUGUUUUUCCAUAAACGAAACUUUCCCAGCUCCAAAUGUCGACCUAAAUUCCUCAGGUUUCGUGGUGUAGGAAAUUAAGAACUAUGCAAAUAUUUUAUUUAAAUGUUUAGACACGAAGUAUCUUUUAUAUACGGUGCUCUUUUUUUUUUCCUUUUCAGGUAUAUCAUACCUGUCCCUGUUAUAAAACAUUUUAUUGCUGGGGUGGAAGAAAGCGGAAAGUAUGUUGGAUUCUGCUCCCUGGGACUAUCUUGUCAACCUACUGAAAACGCACAACUUAGAGAGCACUUUCGGAUGAGCCCAGAAAUGACUGGGGUGCUCAUCAGCAAAGUCAACCCUCUCUCAGAUGCUUACAAGGUCCUGAAGAAGGAUGACAUCGUUCUGGCAUUCGAUGGAGUUCCUAUAGCAAAUGAUGGCACAGGUGAAUCACCCAUUGAUGUCACUAGGCUCCACUCUUCCUUUCUUGAUUCCCAACACCUUUGCAUUCUCAUCAAUCGCUUUCCGCAGUUCAUUUCCGCAAUCGAGAAAGAAUAACGUUCGAUCAUCUGGUCUCCAUGAAAAAGCCAAACGAAACAGUGAUUCUCAGAGUUCUGAGAGAUGGAAUCGAGCAGGAAUUCAGUGUCACCCUCCAACCCGUGAGUUUAGAAACCCUAAGCGCUCAUUUGUCUGACUUCAUUUUCAUGCAGCAGGUUAUGAUUUUGUCAACUGCAUCAUCUGAUCUCUGCAGUUGCAGCCGCUAGUCCCAGUUCAUCAGUUUGAUAAGCUGCCCAGCUAUUAUAUAUUCGCUGGGCUCGUUUUUGUUCCGUUGACCCAGCCAUAUCUUCAUGAAUAUGGUGAAGAUUGGUACAAUUCAUCUCCCCGUCGACUGUGUGAGCGUGCGCUUAGAGAACUGCCGAAAAAGGCUGGUGAACAGCUAGUUAUCCUUUCUCAGGUACAAAGUUUCUUCCCCCCCCUAUAAGGAACUCUAAAUGAUUCAGUGUUUGUUGCAAAUAUCUUAUUUUCAAUAUUAUAAAUAUAUAUAUGUAUGUAUGUAUGUAGAUAUUUACUUAUUUAUUUAUUAUUUUUCUGAAAAUCUGCUUAUAAUUAAGUUUAUUUGAUUAUGAAAAUAACAGUACCUUGUGUGCUAAUGUCUCAGAUAUUGAUGGAUGAUAUCAACGCAGGUUAUGAGAGGCUCUCUGAGUUGCAGGUACAAUUCAUCGUUUUUUUUUUUUCUUACUACUAGUGGGAAAAAAAUUACUUCUUUUAUAUUAUCCACGUCUUCUUUCUUCAUUAAGAUUAAAUCUUUGCAGCUAUUUUAUGAAUUUAUCAAGCACAAUUUUCCUAUUUUCUCUGUUUUUUUAUACCCAUUUCUGGUCAAACUCUGAGCUGAGAACUGAAUCGUCCAUUUUCUUUCAAAGUAUCUCAUACGAAGCGCCAUAGGUAUCUAACAUACAGACACAGGUCCAUUUGAACGUGGUCAACGCGCGUUGACCUACUGCACAUCUAGGAAGAUAUUUCUCUGCAACUUAUAUAUGACAAAAUAAAAUGUGUUGAUCAUUUGGAGAAUCUGAAACAUCUAUCUACAUCAUGAAUUUCAUGUGGAUCCCCUUCCCCUCUUGGAAAGGACCUUUAACAGAAGAUACAUUGGCGUUGACCGGGUUCUCAACGGAGACUCUACGGAAUGUUUGACCCUCUGAUGGAAAAGUCAUAGAUAUAGAAAACCUGAAUUAUCUACCGCAUGGAUCUCAUUCUUUCCCCGUUGGCCUUCUUCCUCUCAAAAUAGAAGCCUUUACCCGGAGAUACAUUGGCGUUGACCAGGCCUCCAACAGAAACGAACUGGGGUGUUGAGAUAACCUGCAUCACGAAUCUCAUUCUUUCCCACAUAUACAUUGGAACGUUGACCAAUAUGGAGGAGAUGGAAUAUAGAUAUGAAGAACCCGAAGCAUCUGGAUCAUGAGCCUCAUCAUCUCUCGUGUGGGACUCCUUUAACAGUAGAUACAUUGGCGUUGACCAGGUGAAGAAGGUCAACGGGGUGGAGAUAGAGAACCUGAAGGACCUCUGUAAGCUGGUUGAAGGGUGCUCCGAGGAGAGAGUGAGAUUCGAUCUGGACGAGGAGAGGGUGGUUGUCUUGGAUUACCGGCGUGCCAAGGUGGCAACAGCCCGGAUUCUAAGACGCCACAGAAUAGCUUCUCCCAUGUCAACUGAUCUGUCUGACUGUGUGAAGGUGGACCCCGCGGUCAACGUGGCUAGCUCUAGCUGA